AUGACUACUCUGUACAGCCUUUCGUCCGAUUUAGAUGAUUCAUUUACUCUCGCCAAAAGAAUUGGCUCCGCCCCCACCAGCACGAAGUCCGAUGGUGUCUCCCCCUUCUACACCAUCCCGAUCAUCCAAGAUGAUUCUACGGGCGCCGUCGUCUCCGACUCUGUCGCUAUAGCCGCCUAUCUGGACAAGACAUACCCCUCCUUCGGGCCUAUACUCAUCCUCCCUGGGACUAUGCCCCUCCAGCUCGCCUUCUCCGACGCAGUAAUCGGCAUUUUUGCUCCUUUUCGGCCAUUCUUCGCCUGGGGAAUAACGAGAAGAACGAACGACGCGACGGCGUUAUAUUACUUGAAAAACGAGGCUAAGCGGAGCUCUCAGCACGGAGGUGCCGAAGGGGGAGGAGCGAGAGAAGCUACGGGCAAGCGCGAAGGAGAAUUUUGGGAAAAUGAACAAGUGGAACCGUGCUUCGCGGACACGGUGAUUUGCGCGUUUUUGCGGUUCACGAGGAGAAUGGUCGGGGAGGAGAGUGAGGAGUGGAAAGAUAUCGUCACUUGGAAUGACGGUAGGUGGGGAAGGUAUCUCCAUCGAACCGCGAACUCAGAUGAAACGCGUUUAGCCAUUCAGAUUACUAUCCAUUGGUGGCUAAAUGGUAUCCAGAGUUGUUUAUUUGCGCUUGUGGCAAAUGACCUCAGUUCGAAUCUGACAGGGUACAUCACAAGUUGGGAUAUGGAUACUUUUUACCAGAAGAUUCAAAAAUCUGACAGAAGACUUGAGAUCUGGAGUCUGGACGUUCGUUUUCACACUGCCGAGACCAAGCAUCUCGGCCCUCAGGCUAUCAGUACACAGGACCCGGACCACACGACCCCCGCGUUGUGGUGUGCCAAGGUGAAGAUGGAACUGACAAAUACUGUUCUUAAGACCUAG